AUGGUGUCCGGGAGACCUGGCCGAGGUGACCAGAGCAGCCAGCCAGGCCCCCUCAGCAUGCUUGGAGCGGCUCUGCUUCUUGCCAGCCUUCUGUGGGAAGUCCAAGGAGCAGCCAGUGCCGGUGCCAGCCGAGCUGUGGGUUGCCCCGUGCCCCUGUCAGAGGGCCACUACCUGAGCAUUGGAGAUGGCUCAGUGAAGGAAUUUGAGUUCCCCGAGGACACUAAAGGCGUCAUUGUGGUCUCCAGCCUGUACCCUGGCCACAGCAACGGCACUGGGCUCAGCCCCGCACUUAGGGUCACCUCGCUGGACACAAUGGUGCUGAAGAUCCAGAAUGUCAGUGCCGACAGCAGGGGCGCUGGGGGCGACUUCGUGGUGAGCAUCCACUCAGGCCUGGCAGGGGUAGCCCCGCUCCACCUGCAGCUCAUGGACCUGCAGAAAACCCCGCCGCGGCUAAUUGAGGAGCGGAGGGACUUCCGUGUCCGGGUUUUGCCCUCAGAGGAAGCAUCACCCACCCUCAGCUCCGAACUGGCGCACUUCUCAGACAACCCGAUCCUCUACCUGCUCCUGCCUCUCCUCUUUGUCAACAAGUGUUCUUUUGGGUGCAAAGUGGAGCUCGAGGUGCUGAAGGGGCUCCUGCAGAGCCCUCAGCCCAUGCUGCUGGGCCUCCUCGGCCAGUUUCUGGUCAUGCCCUUCUACGCAUUCCUCAUGGCCAAGGUCUUCAUGCUCCCCAAUGCCUUGGCUUUGGGCCUCAUCAUCACCUGCUCUUCACCUGGUGGGGGGGGAAGCUACCUCUUCAGUCUCCUUCUUGGGGGGGAUGUCACCCUUGCUAUCUGUAUGAGUUUCAUCUCCACAGUGGCUGCCACUGGCUUCCUGCCACUGUCCUCUGCUAUCUACAGUCACCUGCUCAGUAUCCAUGAAACCCUCCAUGUGCCCAUCUCCAAGAUCCUGGGGACGCUGCUCUUCAUUGCCAUCCCCAUAGCAACCGGAGUGGUGAUCAGGUCCAAGCUGCCCAGGUGCUCACAGCUGCUGCUACAGGCCAUCAAGCCCUUCAGCUUUGCGCUCCUCCUGGGCGGCCUCUUCCUGGCCUAUCGCAUGGGUGUCUUCAUCCUGGAGGGUGUCAGCCUUCCCAUUGUGCUGGUGGGCCUCACAGUGCCCGUAGUGGGCCUUUUGGUGGGUUACUGCCUGGCCACAUGUCUGAAACUGCCCCUGGCACAGCGGCGGACAGUCAGCAUUGAGGUUGGCGUGCAGAACAGCCUGCUGGCCUUGGCCGUGCUCCAGCUGUCCUUCCGCCGCCUGCAGGCUGACUAUGCCUCCCAGGCCCCCUUCAUUGUGGCGCUGAGCAGCACCUCAGAGAUGCUGGCUUUGGUCAUGGGGCAGUUCAUCUACAGCAGCCUGUUCCCUGUCCCCUGA